UCUUCCAGUACCCGUUGAGUUCUCCGUCAAUUCAGAUCAGGUGCAAUCAUAUACUGCAAGUAUGGCAAACAUUCGAAAAAUUAUUUCAACAAAAAAAUGUCCCAAGGUUGUAGCUCCCUACAAUCAAGCUGUGAUUGCCGAUCAUACGGUUUAUUGCUCCGGAGUUCUUGGCUUGGAAGUAGAAUCGCUGCAACUGGUUGAAGGAGGUGCAGCAGCUCAGACUGCCAAGGCACUGGAACACUUGACUACUUUGCUUGAGGUUGCCGAUUCCAGCAUUGCCAAUGUAGUGAAAACAACGGUACUUCUCGCCGAUAUGAACGAUUAUGCCGUAGUAAAUGAAGAAUACAAAAAAGUAUUUUCCAGUAACUUUCCGGCGCGAACUUGUUUUGCAGUGAACAAACUUCCACUGGGAGCCGCCGUAGAAAUCGAGGCAAUCGCAUUAACCGGUGAAGUGAUCCAAGUCUCAUCGUAAUGCCUUUCAGGCUCAGUCUUACGAUCACACAAUCUCCGUAAUUUCAAUCAAUUAGCACGUGUUGUGAAGACGCGGGUGCUAAAUGGAAUUUUAUAAAAACGUCAACGUGGUGAUUCCUAUCUGGAUGUCUUCUAUAUACUUAUGUGAACAGAUAUUUUGUGAACAUAGUUUUCUUUGUUAUUAAAAAUAUUUCGAUCUCCGGCAUUACAA